AUGAGUGAUGAGGACACUGUAGGGAGGUUGUUAGAGGAGGGAGAAGCACCCCAAAUUCCUGAAGUCAAAUAUGAGUAUUUAGACCACACUGCUGAUGUGCACCUACAUGCAGUUUUGGAUGAUUUCUGGGGCAGUGACCUGAAGGAGAGCUUUGAGCAGGUGGCUACUGCCAUGUUUAACUACAUGACCACAGAUUACGACAGAGUGGAGAUGAAAUUUGUUUUUGAAAUCGAAGUUUCAGGUGAUGACAUCUUAUCUCUGCUCUACCGAUUUCUGGAUGAGUUUUUAUUUGUGUUUUCAACCGAGCCUUUCUUUAUUCCCAGGGUCAUAAAAAUCACAGAGUUUGACUUGGAGACCUUUAAAAUCAAGGCUCAAGGCUUUGGAGAAUCUUUUGAUACGGCGAAGCACCCGCAGGGUACAGAGGUAAAGGCUAUCACAUAUUCAAAUAUGCAAGUUCAUCAGGAUCUGGACACACACAACAUUUUCGUUAUCAUUGACAUUUGA